GUUGCCGCUCUUUCGACCAGUUUCGCGCGCUUUUCACACCCUGACGUCCGCAGUGUAUCCGAUUGUGAGGCGAGGUGCAAGUUGAAAUAGUUUUUUGACCUUUUAUCUCCAGAGUUACGAAAAUAGAUCACCUAAGGACUCGACUCAACAGCAAAAGAGAACUUUGGAAGAAGAAUCGGUGGAUGCGUCCAAAUCAUCACUUUUAUCACAGGAAGUCAUCACUUGUGGCUGAGGCACCAAGAUGGCUCUGGGUCUCGUGGCGUCCUUAGUCGUGCUUCCCGCAGUGCUGGCAUCUGACUUGUGUCCCCAACAUGAGCAUCCGACGUUCGAGUGGCUCGACUACGUCGUGUUGGCAGCAAUGCUCGUCGUCUCAUGCUGCAUCGGCACCUUCUACGCUUUGUUUGGCAGCAAAGCCGAGACUUCCGCUGACUUUCUGCUUGGCGGGAGCGACAUGGGCACGAUUCCCAUGGCUAUGUCUUUGGCUGCUGGGUUCAUCACCGCCAUUGAACUGUUAGGGAAUCCAUCGGAGAUGUAUACUUACGGCACUCAGUUCUGGAUGACCUGCGUAGCUUUUGUUAUUGUUGUUCCUAUAACUUCAUACCUGUACCUGCCUGUGUACAUGAAGUUGAGACUAACUUCAUGUUACGAGUACUUGGAGAUGAGAUUUAACAAGAAGAUCAGAGUAAUAGCUGCUGCAUUGUACAUGCUCCAAAUGGUUUUGUACACAUCUGUUGCUGUUUAUGCUCCAGCUUUGGCGCUAAGUCAUGUGACGGGGUUGAACACAUACAUAGCAGUCUCUCUGGUCUAUGUAGUUUGUAUAUUUUAUGCCUCCCAGGGAGGAAUGAAGGCUGUGAUAAUGACGGACACGUUUCAAGCGGCCGUGCUAGUGUUGUCGAUUGUUGCGAUCAUCGCUCUCGGUCAGGACCUGGUCGGAGGAUUUAAACACAUUGUCGACGUCAACUACAAGUCCGGGAGGAUAGAAGUUUUUGAGUUGAACCCCAACCCGACCGUGCGACACAGUGUUUGGUCCGUUGUGAUUGGUGGCACUGUCUAUUGGACCACAAUGUUUUGCUCCAACCAGGCUUCCAUCCAGAAGUACAUGUCAGUCGAGUCCAUCGGUCAGGCGAGAAAAGCAUUAUGGGUGAGCUGUGUUUCUCUGAUAGUCAUAUUCAGCAUCAACUUCUACACAGGAAUGAUCAUGUAUGCUGAAUACAGCAAUUGUGAUCCCAUCAGAAGCAAGGUGAUUUCUGCAUCGGACCAGCUGUUACCUCUGUUCGUAAUGAAUACUCUCGGUCAUUUGCACGGAAUUCCAGGACUUUUUGUUGCUGGAAUAUUUGCGGCAUCUCUUGGGACUGUGGCCUCAGCUAUGAACUCCCUCGCCGCAGUCACUAUCAAAGACUUCCUUCACGGAGUUUGUGACUACACGCCCAAGGAACACAGAGGGGCUUCGCUAUCGAAAUGGAUAUCAGCUGGCUUCGGUAUCCUCAGCUUCAUGUUGGUCUUUGUGGUGGAACAGCUGGGGAGUCUUCUUGAGGUGGCGCUCAGUUUCAAUGGAAUGGCUGGAGGUAUAAUGCUGGGGUUAUUCUCUCUUGGAAUGUUCUUUCCUUGGGCCAACUCAAGGGGAGCAUUAAUAGGAUCGUCAGUAGCGAUGGCGCUGAUUGUGUGGAUCGGGAUCGGCACACAGAUUGCUCAGACUCGCGGCUUUGAGGCGGAAGUACACAAACCAACUUCACUCGAAGGCUGCAACUGUAACGCAACCUACAUAGACAAUCCUGCUUCUCUGGACAGUGGAGAAGUGUUUGUGCUCUACCAGAUCAGCUACCUGUGGUAUUCUGUGAUCGGUUUUGUCGUCACCGUAGUGGUAGGCCUGGGCAGCAGUUUGGUCUACGAGCCCCAAGACCCUUGUCGUCUACAUCCAGACCUGUUGUCUCCUCCGAUCCUCUCAUUGUUGCAAAGUUUACCUAACUCUGUGAAAGAAUCUAUUGGCUGGCCUGUACAGUCGAAGUCUUCCACCGAAAAUAUGGGAGGAUCAAAAGACAUCAGCUCAAAACAAAAAGACGGAGAAAACAAAGGAGUGAUAAACUUGGGAAUGGUGGUGGAUGAGAAUAAUUGUCCACGGAGCAACGGAAUUGAGACCAAAGGAGUGAUCAACCACGGGCUAGAAAUGGAGAACGAAACUUUCUGAUUGAGCAGAGGAAUCACCGUAAAAAUAACCUAAGAUUUUAAAAGAUAAUUUUAAGAAGUCGUAGAAAGGAAUAACGUUUAGCUCACUUACCUAAGUAAUUAAGAGCCCAGAGACUUAGAGAUAGGAAACCAAUCACUCAUCAUAGCACGUGUGUUUUGUUCUUUUUUUAGAACUUUUCAAGGAAGUAAAUUUUCAGAGAAAUUUAAGAUAAAAUGAAAAAAAAACAUUGCUACAAUAGGACAGUAUUAUACCAGUGCAAUGUUGUGUGAUAAUUUUACUGUAUCUAAAGCCACAAAACUAAUUUUCUUAUUAAUCUUGUUGAACUUUAUUCUUUUCAAGCAAACUUUUAAGCCGCACAGCUUGCCUUUACAUUAUAACCGAUAAUUUAUUCUGAUAUCUAUAAAAAAGAUUUUCAUUUCCAAAAGAUCUUACUGUGAUAAGGAUUUGGCUCAAGAUAUGUGACUUUUGGUCGAGGAUGUUGAAAUAAUUAUUGCAAGUUUCAAAACAAAAACAAAAUUAAGAGGGCUUGUUUUCAAGGAGGAAAUGAAAGUAGGUGCAAGCAGAUGCUAUCUUUUAGUAAAUUCUGAUCAUUGUUCGGGUGUAAGUUAUCGAUCAAAGUUAAAGUCAAUAGUCUUUAAUAUAAUCUUUAUUCACAUUUAUUGAGUACAGAGUUGUGCCAAUCAAGUUGAAGUUAUUGAAACGUCCUGGAAUUUACAUACACAAUGUAAAUUUUUGAUGUUACUUAAAACUUUAUUUUGUUGAUACAUUUUUGUUAGUUUGGCGAUUGCUUUACUUUAAAAUAAUAUUAUUGAUUAUUUAGUGUCAGAAAUCAAUGACCUAUAAUGAAAGAGUUUUCCAAAAUUUGUUUUAAAGCGAGUUGGUGAAACUUACGUAUGACAUUCUAAUUUUAUUUUGUAAGAUUAUUUAAGUAACUCAUGUUCGGUAUGUCAAAUGUAUAAGUCCAAUUCAAAAAGAGGUAUUCAAUAUUUUUUUUAAAGUAAAGAGUGACAUAAAAUAUGUAGUGCAAUAUUAAGUUGACAUUUUGGAAAUUAGCUGUACAUCCAAAAAUGACUGUGAUAGCUGAUCAUUCUUUUUUAAUAGUGAAGACCGUCUCUCCAAUCAAAUGUAGUAUUUUUAAAUAUUUGUGAGUUAAGAUAAGUAUUUUUAAAAGUGUAAAUAUAGUCUUAGUGUAGGUUGUAAAGACCAAUAAAGUAUUAUAUUGAAGUUGUACAAUAGAUAGUUGAAAUCUGAAUGACCAAUAGAUUUUUAACAUUGUAAAUAGUAAAAAUGAGUACCGGUAGUGUAAGUAAAAAGUUACACACAAGAUGUGAUGAGAUGUUUAAGAUGCUGAUUACUAACACUUACACAAUAGUACCUGCUUUUAGUGUUUUGUAUGUUGUUGAAUAAAAAU